AACAAACAACAGUUACCUCCCUUCACAUAGUUAUAUCAAUACAAAACAAGAUAAAACAUGAGCGGAAAGAAAGUAGGAAUUUUGCUUGACUUUAAUUACGAAGACCUUGAGGUUUGGUAUCCGCUGUUGCGUCUACGCGAAGCUGACUAUUGCGUGAUCACAAUUGCUGCCGAAAAGGGAAAAGUAUACACUGGUAAACAUGGCUACCCGUGCAAGGCCGACGAAGCUAUUGAGAACGUCAAAACUGAGGAUCUGCUGGGGUUGAUAAUACCUGGAGGGUUCUGUCCAGACUAUUUGCGGCGGGACAAACGGAUGCUGGAUCUGGUGAAGGGUCUUUACGAAGCAGGUCGGCCUGUUGCUGCUAUAUGUCAUGGGCCGUGGGUGCUGAGUUCGGCGAAAAUCCUCAAAGGCAAACGAGUAACGUGUUUCUACGCUAUAAAAGAUGAUGUGGUAAACGCAGGAGCCAUCUUUGAGGAUGCGGCUGUCGUAGUUGACGGCAAUCUGAUAACAUCAAGAACACCCAACGACUUGCCAGACUUCUGCAAGGCCAUCAUGGCGCAACUGCCUUGAUCAGUCAACUUUAUUUUGGACAACGCAAACUCGCUUAAAAAUUAAACAUUUCCCACUCAUUAAUUAUACAAGAUUAAAUUAAUUAGGCGUCGGAAGAUGAGCUAGUUAUAUAUCGAUUAUCCUUUUAAAUGGGUGGGGGCAAUGAUGAAGGGGCAGUUCCACCAUCCCCCACACUUCUGACGUCUAUGACAAAUAUUAAAAAUUGUCUCAUUCAUACUUCAAGUCCUUCCCGAAACCCAUGGCCAGUCACCAGUGAAGCCAGAGGCUGUGCCCAGGAAGAGCAUGCCUGAAUCUUGAAAGGAUAUGGACAUUGCCGAUUGGUUUGGUUGAUACGCUCGUAUCAAUUGACAUCAUUCAACCACAGCUGGUAUUCGUGUAAACCCAUAUCGCAUUACAAACUCGGUCCUCAAAUACACGUUAUAGAAUAAAGAAGCACACAAUUGCGGUGAAACCUGCUUUUAGCGGCCAUUUGUAUUUAAAGGCCACAUGAAUGGCAUCACCUAAUGUAAUAUAGGGUUAAAAAUACAGGGGCUGUUAUUUUGAGGGUUUUUUAAUGUUUAAAGGAGGGGGGGGGGACUCGCUCCUGUUGAAAACAUCUCCGUUUCAAACUGAGAGGCAGAAGUAACUAUAAAUAAAUAAAAUAACACGUACGCAUGUACGCACACGCACACACACACAUAUAUACAGAGAGAGAGAGGGGGGGGGGGUGACUGGGAAUCAUGUAUACCAAAUAAAAUUAUCUAAUUACCAAUUGUAAAGUUUCUAAAUGUUUGAAAUGUAUGACUCGUGUGGACAUACCAUAAUUUUGCAUAGCCAUGUUGUUUGCGAAUGACCAAUAAAUAAUCUCUAGAAAACGA